UUCUUUCUUUACGGCUAACCAGUAAAUACAUUGCACACCCAUUCUCACAGUAAUACAUACUCUGUACCGCACUUAAAUAUUGCGCCAUCCCUCAUCAUUUGCUUGCUUCUCCCACUCCAAGAACCUAAGCCUUACGCUUCCCGCUUUCAAAAUUUCUCUCUGUCCCCUUCUCUCUGCCUUUCUGAUCGGAUUUGCUUCCAUAAAUAAAAAAGAAAAUGCCGCUAAGAUUAGCGGGAAAAGGUGCUGUUUGCACCUUGUUUUUCGCUCUUUUUGCCAUUGUUGGGGCUGAAGAUCCGUACAGGUUCUUCAACUGGAAUGUUACUUAUGGGGAUAUAUACCCACUUGGAGUUCGUCAAAGGGGUAUUCUUAUCAAUGGACAAUUUCCAGGACCUGAUAUUCACUCUGUUACAAACGACAAUCUUAUUAUCAAUGUGUUUAACAGCUUAGAUGAGCCUUUUCUUCUCUCCUGGAAUGGAAUUCAACAGAGGAGAAAUUCAUAUGAGGAUGGUGUUUUCGGAACCACAUGCCCAAUUCCUCCAGGGAAGAACUUCACAUACAUUCUUCAAGUGAAAGAUCAAAUAGGAAGUUUCUAUUAUUUCCCAUCUCUUGCAUUCCACAAGGCUGCCGGUGGUUUUGGAGGAAUUAGAAUCCUCAGUCGCCCAAGAAUUCCCGUUCCCUUUGCUGAUCCAGAUGGCGAUUACACCGUUCUUAUUGGAGAUUGGUACAAAGCUAAUCACACGGAGCUGAAGGCUCAUUUGGACAAUGGUAAGAAGCUGCCAUUCCCUGAUGGGAUUCUUAUCAAUGGACGCGGGAGUGGUUAUGCACUUACUGUUGAACAAGGAAAAACUUACAGGCUUAGAAUAUCAAAUGUCGGAUUGGAACAUUCACUUAACUUUCGCAUUCAGAACCAUAAAAUGAAACUGGUAGAAGUGGAGGGCACACAUACUCUCCAGACUACCUAUUCUUCACUUGAUGUUCAUGUUGGUCAAUCUUACUCUGUUCUAAUAACUGCUGACCAGCCUGGACAGGACUACUACAUUGUGGUUUCCUCCAGAUUCACCUCUCAGAUCCUCACCACUACAGGUGUUCUUCAUUACAGUAACUCUGCUGGCCCAGUCUCUGGCUCACCCCCUGGUGGACCCACCAUUCAGGUUGAUUGGUCUCUCAACCAGGCCCGCUCCAUCAGGACCAAUCUCACUGCAAGUGGACCAAGGCCAAAUCCACAAGGCUCAUACCACUAUGGUAUGAUCAACACAAGCAGAACUAUCAUAUUUGCAAGUUCUGCUGGUCAAGUGAAUGGCAAGCAGAGAUAUGCAGUGAACAGUGUGUCCUAUAUCCAACCAGACACCCCGCUAAAGCUUGCAGACUUUUUCAAAAUUCAGGGAGUUUUCAAGGAGAAUAGCAUUUCAGACAGACCUUAUGGUGGAGGAAUUUACCUUGAUACAUCAGUUUUGACUGUCGAUUAUAGAGCAUUCGUGGAAAUUGUAUUCCAGAACGAUGAAGACAUUGUUCAGAGCUGGCACCUUGAUGGUUAUAGUUUCUUUGUUGUUGGUAUGGAUGGAGGACAAUGGACAACAGCUAGCAGGAACCAAUACAAUCUUCGUGAUGCAAUUGCGCGAUGCACCACUCAGGUAUAUCCCAAGUCAUGGACUGCUAUUUAUGUGCCACUUGACAAUGUAGGAAUGUGGAACUUAAGAACAGAGUUCUGGGCACGUCAAUACCUGGGCCAACAGUUGUAUCUGAGGGUUUACACGACAUCAACUUCACUUAGAGAUGAAUUCCCUAUUCCGAAGAAUGCACUUCUUUGUGGCAGGGCAAGCGGUCGACAUACAAGACCUCUCUAGGCAAGGGAAGCAAUAUUUGAAGGCAGGGAAGCCUGUCUAGCUCCUCAGGAUGAAAGAUUGAAGAGUAGAGUUUUGCAUACUGUCUUCUUGUUGUUGGCUGCUUUAUUUGAGGCUCAAUAUGAAGUGAGGACUAGAACUAUUAAUGACCUCAGCUCGAGGUCACAUUCUUUUCUACUGAUGAUUGUAUUCCCUUCUAUAUAUUUGUCAAGUUUCUAUACAUUAUUUAUUAUUAUUUUUGUUAUUAUUGUCAUCGUUAAGGCAUUAAGGUCAGCUAAUUCUCAAGCUUGGCUCCAGUAAUUAAAGUUUGUAUCAAGUUAUGCAUUAUUGAGCUGCUCAUUAUCUUUUUUUUUUU